AUGACUCGACGCACCCCAGGAUUGGCCAUGUCCCAGUCAUUCGUGCCGCCAGUACACCAGCAGCCUGCGACUGCUUCGACCGCAUCUGUCGCCCCGGUCGCGGAGCAGCGCCAGAGCUCCGUGAAGCGGGAGAUAAGCAGCAUCAGCAGCAAGUUGCGCGACUUCACCAUCGCCGGCAUGGACGAGCGACACCUCUCAGACAACUACGCAUGCGCCAAGUGCGUCUCGCAGCUCCCGCGGGAGAAGCAGCUGGAGAUCCAUCCUGGCCUGCCCACCGAUGAGCCCUGCCAGCUCUGCCAGAUUGCCAUUGAGGACCCUGCUGCCUACACGAAGCCCUUCACUGACUUCCUGCGCGAGAACCCAACAGUCUUCCACACUGUUGACUACUUCAAGAAUAAGCUCGGACACCUGGGCUUCACCGAGCUCCCUCCUCGCGAUUCUUGGGCCGAGAAGCUCCAGCCCGGCGGCAAGUACUGGGUCUCGCGAAAUGGGAGCUCCAUCAUCGCAUUCACCGUGGGCAAGGCCUACAAGCCCGGAAACGGAGUCGGCAUCAUCGCCGGUCACAUCGAUGCCCUCACCGCCAGACUGAAGCCCGUUAGCACGAAGCCCAACAAGGCUGGCUAUGUCCAGCUGGGCGUGGCCCCAUACGCCGGCGGUCUUAAUAAGACGUGGUGGGAUCGCGACCUCGGCAUUGGUGGUCGGGUCAUCGUCAAGGAUGAGGAGACGGGCAAGACGACCUCGAAGCUUGUCAAGCUGGGCUGGCCGAUUGCCAAGAUCCCAACGCUGGCUCCUCAUUUCGGAGUUGGCAUGAUGGGAAACAACAAUGCUGAGACCGAAGCCGUGCCUAUCAUUGGGCUGGAGAGCACUGGAAAGUCUGCCGCCGAGCCCCUGGGCCCUGUUGGCUCGUUCGUCAACACGCAGCCUCCACGAUUGGUUCAGCUGAUUUCAAAGGAGCUUGGCAUCUCGUCCUACAGCUCCAUCCUCAACUGGGAACUCGAGUUGUUUGAUACCCAGCCUGCCUCCACUCUUGGACUGGACAGGGAGUUCAUCACUGCAGGCCGCAUCGACGACAAGCUGUGCUCAUGGCCUGCCACCAUGGCCCUUCUCGCAUCUACAGACAAUGACGAUGAGGGUUACGUCAAGCUCGUCGCUCUCUUCGACGACGAGGAGAUUGGCUCCCUGCUCCGUCAGGGCGCCCGAGGAAACUUCCUCCCCUCGACCAUUGAGCGCAUCGUCGAGGGUCUCAACCCUCAGACUUCGGGCCCCGGCCUCAUCGGCCAGACCUACGCCAAGUCCUUCCUCCUCUCCGCCGACGUCAGCCACGCCGGAAACCCCAACUUCCUCCACAACUACCUCGACGAGCACAUUCCCAAGCUCAACGUCGGCAUGGUCAUCAGCAACGACUCAAACGGCCACAUGACCACCGAUGCCGUCUCCACAGCCAUCGCCCGCCGCGUCGCCGAGCUCUCGGGGACCGUGACGCAGCCGUUCCAGAUCCGCAACGACUCCCGCAGCGGCGGCACCGUUGGCCCCAUGCUCUCCAGCGCCAUGGGCGUCCGGGCCAUCGACGUCGGCCUGCCCCAGCUGAGCAUGCACUCGAUCCGUGCCACCACCGGCGCACUGGACCCCGGCCUGGGUGUCAAGUUCUUCAAGGGAUUCCUGGACAACUGGGAGAAGAUUGACAACGAGUGGGAGUACUAG